GUUAAAUCCUAAAUAUCACCCCAUUGCCAAACUGCACCACCUGUCUAUGACACUCAGACAGUCUGCUCCAACUAGACACCAGGUCGUUAGUAAAAAACAGCUCAGGAAAAUACAGCACAGGAAAUUACAAUAUUACUUAUUUAAACCAUGGAAGCAACAAAAAACAACCAGCCAGAAUCAGAAUGUAUGUCAGAUAGUAACACAAAAAGAAGUCGUCCCUCUGUUGGGGACCUUGAGCAAAUUUUAUAUUCAGCUCCUCGCUCCUGCCGCCAUGGAGAUGAGGUUUGGCCCAACCUGUAUCUGGGAGACAUGUUUAUGUCCCAUGACAAGUUUGGGCUCUGGCAGCUCGGUAUCACCCAUGUGCUGAAUGCAUCACAUGGAAAACUCUGCUGUAAAGGGAGUGAUGAUUUCUAUGGGACCACAGUGAAGUACUAUGGGGUCCCAGCCAACGACCUGCCGACCUUUGACCUGUCACCUUUCUUCUACCCUGCUGCUGAGUUCAUCCACCAGGCUUUGACCACAGGGGGAAAGGUGUUGGUGCACUGUGCAGUAGGGGUCAGUCGCUCUGCUGCUCUGGUCCUGGCUUACCUCAUGAUUCACCAUCACCUCAGUCUGCUCUCCUCCAUUAGACAUGUGCAACAGAAACGAUGGAUCUUCCCAAACAGAGGCUUUCUACGGCAACUCAUUUCACUGGAUCAAAAACUGCACAAGGAAAAUUAAAUAAAGACCUUUAGGCAUCAGUAACCAGGCCAAUCAAUGCACCCACACCAUUAAAUAACUGCACAUCAGCCAAAGCUCACAGACAACAUAGGGAGCUAUAUCUGGACCCAGGCACCUGCUCCUGUCUGUCACUGUCC